GGAUUGCAGUGGACAAGCAAGGAUUCGUCUACUUUGUUGAUGGAACCAUGAUUCGCAAGAUCAAUGGGAAAGGAAUGAUAUCAACUGUCAUUGGUUCCAACGGCUUGAUGUCCACUCAGCCGUUAAGCUGUGACGCCCGCAUGGAUAUUUCACAGGUGAGAUGGCUAGACGGCCCAUACACACACACACACACACACACACACACACACACACACACACACACAGCUAGGAAUGUCAGGUUUUCCAAGCCCAACGUUUCCAUAGAGCAGUACUGGUAGACUUAACAGACAGAAUGGUAUUUCAAAAGCUAUUCCAUACCCCUUAUCUAAGAUGUAUAUCCUCAUUUAGUUCCAAGGAUCUUAUCAUGCAACAAUUCCCUUUUAACCUAUAUGCAGUCAUCUAUAAGUAACACAGUUAAGUCAUCAAUAAGUAACAUAGUAAAGUAAUCUAUAAGUAACACAGUUAAGUCAUCAAUAACUAACACAGUUAAGUCAUCAAUAAGUCACAUGUAACAAAGUUAAGUCAUCAAUCAGUCAUCAAAGCAUUAAAACUGAUAUUAGUGAUCAGCAAUUAGACUUUAACGUCCAAGAGGUUUAAAAAAUAAAAAGACAGAUCUUAUAUCUAUCUGACCUAUAAAAAUGGAGAGGCCUGAUAUCGAGGACAUUUCCUUUGAGACGUUCCCGCCAUGAUUAACUGGCCUCAGCGGCUGAAUGCUCCCUCUCAAUGGUGAAUUAUAUUCUUGCUUCUGUCCCUGCUCUCACGGGCAGCUGAGGCCCAGACCGGCACGGGAUGCACCCUGACUCAGAGAGCAAUUAUUCUCAGCCCCCCGGACCUUGCCAUAGGAAACCACCUUAUUAAGUUCUCACCAAAAGUUGUAAAAAUGCUGAGGCUGGCUAACCUUCAGAGAGGACUGCAGAGAUAUGCCCUACAGUCACGCUCUCUCUACAGACUCUCUCUCUUUAUCUCUCUACCCCUCUCCCUCUACACUCUUAGGAAAAAGGGUUCCAGAAGGAUUCUUCAGCUGUCCCCAUAGGAGAACCCUUUUUGUUUCCAGGUAAAUCCCUUUUGGGUUUCAUGUAGAACCCUCUGUGGAAAGGGUUCUACAUGGAACUGAAAAGGGUUCUACCUGGAACCAAAAGGGUUCUUCUUAGAACCAAAACAAGUUCUUCAAAGGGUUCUCCUAUGGGGACAUCCAAAGAACCCUUUUAGGUUCUAGAUAGCACCUUCUUUUCUAAGAGUGUACCACUCUCUCUCUGCCUUUCUCUAUCUCUCUCUCUACUCUUUCUCUAAUCUUUCUCUAUCUCUCUCUCUACUCUUUCUCUAUCUCUCUCUUUACUCUUUCUCUAUCUCUCUCUCUACUCUUUCUCUCUUUAAUCUUUCUCUAUCUCUCUCUCUACUCUUUCUCUAUCACUCUCUCUACUCUUUCUCUAUCUCUCUCUCUACUCUUUCUCUAUCUCUCUCUCUACUCUUUCUCUCUUUAAUCUUUCUCUAUCUCUCUCUCUACUCUUUCUCUAUCGCUCUCUCUACUCUUUCUCUAUCUCUCUUCUUCACAGCAACACAGCACAUUGACCCACAUCUGAGUGGGUUGCACAGCUCUGAAAGGGAACAGGGAAAUUAACUGCUGUGCCCCCAUAAGGGCUUAUCACAUAAGAAGCGCGCAAUUCUCCUCUUAUGACCAGAUUUACUCCUGUAGAAUGAUUAUCCAUGCGCAUCACUGGGCUGGAUCACGUGCUGAUGAACCCAUUAAAACGCUCAUGAAAAGCGACAUAACUAUAUUAGAUCAUAAUGGGUGUGGGUUUCCUCCAGAGCAUUUGCAUGUUCUGAGGCUGAGAUUGUGACGCUGUAGAGAGAGGCAACAGGGACAUUGCAUACUGUACCGUCUCAAUUAAACCUUCAUAUAGGAGGAUACUGUAUGCUUGUGAGAAAGAAACCCUAUUUUGCAUCACAAUAAGCCGGUCAUUGACACUCCCUAUUAUUCCCAUAGACAUUUGACAUUUGAGAAGCAGCAUAACGAAGCAUUAAAUUAAAUGCUUGAAAUUCGGAGGAUAUCUUGCAUACAGAUAUUCUUUUUACUGUCCAUGUUUCAGGCUUUGCGUUCCUGUCUUUCAUUUUCUGACAAUUCCUUUUGUUGGUUUUCUGAAUGAGGCCUUUUAUGCUGAUGUAUUAUGCAGUGGAGUGAUUUCAAGCAACUUCAUCCUCAAGAUGCUAAUUUGCAAGUUGACUCUCUCCCUCCUCCUCGGGUAUCUCACAUGCAAAGCUUGAUGUUCUACUGUAAUACAAUCAGAUGUCCAAACUAUCAGACCACGGCCUCUAAUCACAGUAAUGGCCAGUAUUGCAGUGUGUUGGCCAUUUUGAAUAUGAUGUGUAGUGGUGGUUUAUAUAUAGGUUUGGCAAUGGUAUUCCCUUUUCUCCAGAAUUAUCCAUGCAUAUUUGUUGUGUGUGUGUAAAGCCUAAGGCCUCUCAGCAUGCACAGCCCAACAAACAAUUUAAACUGUGUCCCCAGAUUGGACCAAAGCUGAUUUCUGUGCAGGAGGCAAAUUAGAGUUAUUUAGUUGUUGAAUCACACUGGAAGAGAAACACUGUCUCAUCUCAAGAGCAAUGUGUUUCUCCCCCAAGCCAUUCUGAAAACAAUAGAAGGCUGGAGAGAUCUAAGAAACAAAGGGAGUCCAAUACUCCAGGCUUUUACGGUGCAAUAAGGUAUAGCUCUCUGGUUCCAAUCCCCUAGCAAAUGAGACCCCUGCAAGUGAAUAAUAAAGCACUUUAUUUAUAAGUGUUAGGAGAGAGUUGUAUUGAGUCACUGCAAACAGAUUAGCAUUGUGUGGGUACAAAGUUAAUUUAAAUAAUGGAAAAGUUCAGUGAUAGCAUAUUAUAUGUGACAGAGCCUAUCACACCAUUCCAGAUUUUCAGGCAAACAAAAUGCAAGCAUAUCACAGUUUUUAAGUGGAGCAGGUUGCAUUGAUUUUGCUUUUUCAAACGCAGGAGAGAAAAAUGCAUGAUGUCAAUUAGCGUUCUUUUUGGGGGGGAGGGGGUCUGUUUUUCGACACUGAGCUGCCAGGCUUCUCUCACAACACAGAUGUGCUUUGAAACGAUGGCUGCAGUGGGAAAACUCACCUCCAAUUUGAAUGCGUGGAUACUAUGCUGUCAGUAUAUUUUGUUACCAGUGUAGAGAAGUGUCUAAUUAUUCCUGAACGGAUUCCUUUCAUUCACGCACAAUUGACUUGCAUUUAUACAACCCCUUUCAUCAGAUCAUCUCAGAGUGCUUGAAGGUGAGAUGGCAACUAAUUUUAUCCUCCACCAAUCUGAAUCAUUCACCUCUAUUUUGCAGGAACACUUACCACCCAUUAUUUCUGGUGGAAGAAUGGUUUUUCAUGAUCCGAUUAAACACAGGGGUGAUUAUAUGGGCACAUUUCUUUAUUAGGACUGUCCGGCACCCUUAAGGAUCCCACUCACACUUAGUGAACUGUACCAUGGAGCUUUUUAUUUCAAAUGUGUGUCCUUAGCUGAGUCUCAGGGGAACACAGUGUGAGCACAUGUACAAAAAUGACCUUACAGUUACAUUACCACUUGUACAAUUAUACAAUAGUCACAUGCUAUUAUAUGGCAUUCACAAUAUGUCCUCUUUUUCAAAUUGCCUACUUGACAUUGCUGAAUGUAUGACACUGACAGACUAUGCCCAAGAAUUCUACACAGUGUACAGUGCCUUCAGAAAGAGCUCACACCCCUAGACUUUUUCCACAUUUUGUUGUGUUACAGCCUGAAUUUUAAAUGGAUUAAAUUGUCACUGGCCUACACACAAUACCCCAUAAUGCCAAAGUGGAAUUAUGCUUUUCGAAAUGUUUGCAAAAUAAUUUAAAAAAUGAAAAAUAAGUAUUCCCUUUGUUAUGGCAAGCCUAAAUAACAAGUCACAUUCUCACUCUGUGUGCAAUAAUAGUGUUUAACAUGAUUUUUGAAUGACUACCUCAUCUCUGUACCCCACACAUACAAUUAUCCGUAAGACCAGGGAUGUUUUCCAAUGCCUUGAAAAGAAGGGCACCUAUUGGUAAAUGGGUAAAAUAAAAAAAAAGCAGACAUUGAAUAUCCCUUUGAGCAUGGUGACGUUAUUAAUUACACUUUGGAUGGUGUAUCAAUACACCCAGUCACUACAAAGAUACAAGCAUCCUUCCUAACUCAGUUGCCGGAGAGGAAAGAAACCGCUAAGGGAUUUCACAAUGAGGCCAAUGGUGACUUUAAAAAGGUUGCAGAAUUUAAUGACUGUGAUAGGAGUUAACUGAGGAUGGCUUAACAACAUUGUAGUUACUCAACAAUACUAACCUAAUUGACAGAGUGAAACGAAGGUAGCCUGUAUAAAAUAAAAAUAUUCCAAAACAUGCAUCCUGUUUGCAACAAGGCAUUAAAGUAAUACUGUAAAAAAUGUGGCAAAGCAAUGAACUUUUUGUCCUGAAUACAAAGCAUUAUGUUUGGGGCAAAUCCAAUGCAACACAUUACUGAGUACCACUCUCCAUAUUUUUAAGCCUAGUGGUGGCUGUAUCAUGUUAUGGGUAUGCUUGUAAUCGUUAAGGACUGGGGAGUUUUUCGGGAUAAAAAUGAAAAGGAAUGGAGCUAAGCACAGGCAAAAUCCUAGAGGAAAACCUGGUUCAGUCUGCUUUCCACCAGACACUGGGAGAUUAAUUCACCUUUCAGCAGGACAAUAACCUAAAACACAAGGCCAAAUCUACACUGGAGUUGGUUACCAAGAAGACAGUGAAUGUUCCUGAGUGGCCGAGUUACAGUUUUGACUUAAAUCUGCUUACAAGUCUAUGGCAAGACCUGGAAAUGGUUGUAUAGCAAUGACCAACAACCAAUUUGACAGUUUGAAGAAUUUUGAAAGAAUAAUGGGCAAAUGUUGCACAAUCCAGGUGUGGAAAGCUCUUAGAGACUUAGAGACCCAGAAAAACUCACAGCUGUAAUCGCUGCCAAAGGUGAUUCUAACAUGUAUUGACUCAGGGGGUUGAAUACUUAUCUAAUCAAGAUUUUUAUAAAUAUUUUACAAAUUUUAGAAUUUUUCUUCCACGUCGACAUUACAGAGUAUUUUGUGUAGAUCGUUGACAAAAAUGGACAAUUAAAUCAAUUUUAACCUCACUUUGUAACACAACAAAAUGUGGAAAAAGUAAAGGUGUGUGAAUACUUUCUGAAAGCACUGUAUGUGCUAUUCUUACUACUUGUUUUACAUAACAUUGCAUAUUCAUUACAAUAUAAUGCAAUUUAGAUAAUCAAAGACAGUGGAAAAACUGUAAAGGAAAUGUUUCAGGAGAAACUUUGUGGCACUCAUCUAUUUACGCUUGUUAAACUGUGUUUUCCCUGCUCUAGGUUCGUCUAGAAUGGCCCACCUACCUGGCUGUCAACCCCAUGGACAACUCCCUGUACAUUCUGGACAACAACAUAGUGAUCCAGGUGUCAGAGAGUAGCCAGGUGAGGAUCGUGGCGGGCCGGCCCAUCCACUGCCAGGUCCCUGGGAUCGACCACUACCUGGUCAGCAAGGCAGCCGUCCACUCCACCCUGGAGGCAGCCAAGGCCAUCGCAGUUUCCCACCAGGGCACACUCUACAUCGCCGAGACGGACGAGAGGAAGAUCAACCGCAUCCAGCAGGUCACCACGAACGGGGAGAUUUCUGUGGUGGCCGGGGCACCCACAGAGUGUGACUGCAAGAUCGACCCCAACUGUGACUGCUUCUCCGGUGGGUCCCCUGCUGUGAACGCCAUCAUGCCUCAGACUAACUUCAGCAGUCUAUCAGAGGCCUGCGGAGAGGCUCUCUGGAUGGACAUGCUCUGAAGCAAUGAUUUGGAACUAUUGUAACCCGCCCGCAUGAUGUUUAUGGUUGCAUCAGUCUAGCUUGACAAAACAAACACACUUUAAUGUGUGAAAUGGCUCAUUAGAGGGCUGGGAUGAACAGCAAGUUUAUUUUCCUUUCAGUCAACACUCCUCAGUUUGUCUACGAUGUUGUAUUAUUCAUAUCAAUUUUAUUUGACAUCGCAACUUGUCAAACACCACAUUAUUAUUCAGUAAAGUAUAAAUACAUAAAUAGUUUUUCAAUGUAUUCUACCUUAGCUGGUUGAGUGUUCAAUCUCUGCAUUGUCCUGUUCCCACAGGCGAUGGUGGAUAUGCCCGUGAUGCCAAACUGAAGGCUCCGUCCUCCCUGGCUGUUUCCCCUAACGGGACUCUGUACAUCUCAGACCUGGGGAACAUCCGUAUCAGGGCCCUGUCCCCCAACAGGCCCCAGCUCAACCAGAACAGCAUGUAUGAGAUCAUCUCUGUGGUGGACCAGGAGCUCUAUCUGUUCAGUGUCAACGGCACCCACCUCCACACCCGCAGCCUGGUCACCGGGGACUACAUCUAUAACUUCACCUACUCAGGAGAGGGAGAUGUGAGUGCCGUGGUCUCCAGCGACGACACCGCGGUCCACGUGCGCCGUGAUGCCAACGGCGUGCCCCUCUGGCUGCUGGUGCCCGGGGGUCAGGUAUAUUGGCUCACUAUCAGCAACGGGGGCGUCCUAAAGAAAGUCUCCGCCCUGGCGCAUGACCUAGCGCAGAUCAGCUACCAUGGCAACUCAGGUCUCCUGGCAACCAUGAGCAAUGAGAUUGCCUGGACAACGGUCUAUGAGUGAGUAUCCCGCAGCACUCCUUCCUGUCUGUCUAUUGACGUCAAUGACAAUUAUGCUUAAGAAUAUACUCUAUUAGCACCCUUCAUAUCAUAGCCGUAGUCUUGUUCCUGUCUGCCUCUAUGUGAUGCUGUAAGAGCUUCACCACCUACACUCCCAUUAUACAGUAACAUUUUGCUGCAGUAUUGCAGUUUUUCAGAGAGAGUUUGGAAUGUGUGAAAUUUGAAAGGUAUAUAAAUUAGAUUGUCAGAAAAAAGGAAAUAUAAAUGGAUUUUCUAAUAGAAGAUUAUUUCCUAAAUUAUGUUUUUCUCUAAUUGGGGCAAUUCCACAGGCUGGCCUGCGGAAAUUAUCUUCUUUUUGUUGGUGAAUCAAAGCCUGAAAGAGAAGUGGGAAUAGUGUGAUUAUAUAAAAUGUUUGCGUAGGCAUUUUGAGGGAUUUGUUCAGGGGCGCUUUGGGUUGAAAAUGUGUUCGGAUGUCAGGGGCAAAGAAUCCUUUUCACUGCGUCUUUAUAUUCCUCCCUUUAAUUUAGUUUGAUCGGCAAUACAACCUCCCCUUUAUUGUGUCCCUGUGAAAAAGCCUAAAUCCACUCAAACUCCAUUCUUACAUUGUCCUCAGUGUCCUGCGGUGACUGCUGUUGGAGGUCAUACCUCAUUGGCUCCUUUGUUCCAGCAGCAUUGUUAUACUGUCACCCAGUGGUGAAACUAGGAAACUACAGGAAGGCGCUCAGCUCCUUCCAAAAUGGGAAUAUUCUGGAAUCCACUGAAACAUUUACCAUUUUACUAUACAAGCUUGUCACAAUAUUUUAAGACCCACACUUCAGACAUUGGUAGGAUGUUAUAUGACUGGGUGUGUCCUUGACCAGGUAUAAUUCUGAUGGUCAUCUCAUCAAUGUCACCUUGCCAACGGGAGAGGUCAGCAGUUUCCACGGCAAUAUGGAGAAAUCAGUGCGGGUGGAAGCAGACACUUCAAAUCGGGAGAAAUUCAUCACAGCCACAAACUUCUCUGCUGCCAGCACUAUCUAUACAUUACGCCAAGGUAGUAGUAAGGUUUCCAAUCAGUUUCUCAUCUCUUCGUUUUUUUCAUUAUCAUGCCGCGCUGUCACUGGGGAGAGGCCAUGUGAAGUCAGGGAUGUCACCAGCAAUGAUGAAGCAAAUGCAUUCCUCUCUAUAUCUAAGUAAUUUCGGUCUCCUUAACACAUUGUUCACAUUCAUGUCUUUACGAGGUGAACAAUUUUAAUGACGGCCCAACAGCUAUUUUAUAGAGCAUUUAAAUAAAAAUUAGAUGACAGGUCUGACAAAGGUGUGAAGAGUUGGUGAGGAAGUAAACACUUUCCUAUAAACAGCAAAGAAGAGAGAAGUAAGAGAGCUGCUGAGAGCUGAGUUUAAAUCAUGUCACAUAAUUUCCUUUCACACGGUCACACCUCUGUUCUCACAUAGACACACAAGUGUGGUUUGUAGAAAUACAGUGACUCAAGGGGAUACCAAUGUAAUGUCACAUGGCACCUGCAAUAAUAUACGAUUCUGUUAUCUCUUCAAUAAAAGCGGUGGAUAACAUUAAUCCUGCCUUUUAUUGAAGAGAUAACACAGUGGUAUUACUGCAAUCCAUAUGCAUAUUCAACAGUCAGUCUGUAAUUAUAAUACUUUUCCCCCUGACUGCUGCCAUAUAGAGUAUGUGCCUACAGUUGAACCAGUCUUCUGUCGCAGUAUGAGUUGGCUGUCCCUGUUGUAAUACUGCAUAAAUUAAUCUCGCUCUCACUCACUCACUCUCUCUCUGUUACUCUGUCCCAUGUCCCCACACAGAGCAUGCUCAAAACACAUACCGUGUGAGUUCGGACGGCUCUCUGUGGGUGACGUUUGCCAGCGGCAUGGAGGUGACCCUGAACACGGAACCCCACAUCUCGGCGGGCGUGGUCAACCCCACAGUGGGCAAGUGUAACAUCACCCUGCCGGGCGAGCAUGCUCACAGCGUCAUCGAGUGGAGACAGAGAAGAGACCAGGCUAAAGGGAACUACACGGCCUACGAACGCAGGCUCAGGGUAAGGAAGAGACAGAAUGGACAGUGUGAGCACAAUACCCCUCACCAUAUGUUGUGUGUGGGAGGAAUGUUACAGUACAACAGACCUAUUGUCUCCCUACGGGAGUUUCAUGACUCUUCCAUAAGACUGUAGGUCAUGGUAAAUGGAAGAUAUACAGUGCUUUCAGAAAGUAUUCAUACCCCUUGACUUAUUCAAUAUUUUGUUGCGUUACAGCCUGAAUUCAAAAUGUAUUAAAAUAGAUUUAUUUUCUCACCCAUCUACACACAAUGCCCCAUAAUGACAAAGUGAAAACAAAUUUUUGCAAAUCUAUUGCAAAUGAAAUACAGAAAUAUCUAAUUUACAUAAGUAUUCACAUCCCUGAGUCAAUACUUUGUAGGAGCACAUUUGGGAGUGAUUACAGCUGUGAGUCUUUCUGGGUAAGUCUCUAAGAGCUUUGUAUACCUGGAUUGUACAAUAUUUGCACAUGAUUAUUUUUACAAUUCUUCAAGCUCUGUCAAGUUGGUUGUUGAUCAUUGCUAGACAGCCAUUUAAGUCUUGGUAUAGAUUUUGAAGCCGAUUUAAGUCAAAACUUUAACUAGGCCACUCAGGAACAUUCAAUGUCAUCAUGGUACGCAACUCCAGUGUAUAUUUGUCCUGCUGAAAGGUGAAUUUGGAAAGCAGACUGAACCAGGCUUUCCUCUAUGAUUUUUCCUGUGCUUAGCUCUAUUCCGUUUGUCUUUUUAUCCUAAAAAACUCCCUAGUCCUUGCCGAUGACAAGCAUACCCAUAUCAUGAUGCAGCCACCACCAUGCUUGAAAAUAUGAAGAGUGGUACUCAGUGAUGUGUUGUUUUGGAUUUGCCCCAAACAUAAUGCUUUGUAUUCAGGGCAUAAAGUUCAUUUAUUUGCCACAAUUUUUGCAGUUUUACUUUAGUGCCUUGUUGCAAACAGGAUGCAUGUUUUGGCAUAUUUUUCUUCUGUACAGGCUUCCUGCGUUUCACUCUGUCAAUUAGGUUAGUAUUGUGGAGUAACUAUAAUGUUGUUGAUCCAUUCCUCAGUUUUCUCCAAUCACAGCCAAUAAACCCUGUAACUCUUUUAAAGUCACCAUUGGCCUCUUGGUGAAAUCCCUGAGCGGUUUCUUCCUCUCCGGCAACUGAGUUAGGAAGGAUGCCUGUAUCUUUGUUGUGACUGGGUGUAUUGAUACACCAUGCAAAGUGUAAUUAAUAGCUUCAGCAUGCAAAAAAAUUAAAUAAUAAUGCUCAAAGGGAUAUACAAUGUCAGCUUUAUUUAGAUUUUUACCAAUCUACCAAUAGGUGCCCUUCUUUGCGAAGCAUUGAAAAACCUGGUCUUUGUGUUGAAUCUGUGGUUGAAAUUCACUGCUCGACUGAGGGACCUUACAGAUAAUUGUAUGUGUGGGGUACAGAGAUGAGGUAAUCAUUCCAAAAUAAUGUUAAACACUAUUAUUGCACAACAGAGUGAGUCCAUGCAACGUAUUACUUCUGAACUUAUUUAGGCUUGCCAUAACAAAGGGGUUCAAUACUUAUUGACUGAAGACAUUUCAGCCUUUCAUUUGUAAUUAAUUUGUAAAAAUUUCAAAAAACAUCAUUCCACUUUGACAUUAUGGGGUAUUGUGUGUAAGAAAAUGACAGAAAAAUACAUUUAAUCAAUUUUAAAUUCAGGCUGUAACCCAACAAAAUGUGAAAAUGGUCAAAAGUUUUGAGAAUGACACAAAUACUAAUUUUCACAAAGUCUGCUGCCUCAGUUUUGAUGAUGUUAAUUAAUUGCAAAGUCCCUCUUUGCCAUGAAAAUGAACUUAAUCCCCCAAAAACAUUUCCACUGCAUUUCAGCCCUGCCACAAAAGGACCAGCUGCCAUCAUGUCAGUGAUUCUCUCGUUAACACAGGUGAUAGUGUUGACGAGGACAAGGCUGGAGAUCACUCUGUCAUGCUGAUUGAGUUAGAAUAACAAACUGGAAGCUUUAAAAGGAGGGUGGUGCUUGAAAUCAUUGCCCUUCCUCUGUUAACCAUGGUUACCUGCAAGGAAACACGUGCCAUCAUCAUUGCUUUGCACAAAGGGCUUCACAGGCAAGGAUAUUGCUGCUAGUAAGAUUGCACCUAAAUCAACCAUUUAUCGGAUCAUCAAGAACUUCAAAGAGAGAGGUUCAAUUGUUGUGAAGAAGGCAUCAGGGCGCCCAAGAAAGCGCCAGGACCGUCUCCUAAAGUUGAUUCAGCUGCGGGAUCGGGGCACCACCAGUGCAGAACUUGCUCAGGAAUGGCAGCAGGCAGGUGUGAGUGCAUCUGCACACACAGUGAGGCGAAGAUUUUUGUAGGAUGGCCUGGUGUCAAGAAGGGCAGCAAAGAAGCCACUUCUCUCCAGGAAAAACAUCAGGGACAGACUGAUAUUGUGCAAAAGGUACAGGGAUUGGACUGCUGAGGACUGGGGUAAAGUCAUUUUCUCUGAUGAAUCCCCUUUCCGAUUGUUUGGGGCAUCCGUAAAACACCUUGUCCGGAGAAGACAAGGUGAGCGCUACCAUCAGUCCUGUGUCAUGCCAACAGUAAAGCAUCCUGAGACCAUUCAUGUGUGGGAUUGCUUCUCAUCCAAGGGAGUGGGCUCACUCACAAUUUUGCCUAAGAACACAGCCAUGAAUAAAGAAUGGUACCAACACAUCCUCCGAGAGCAACUUCUCCCAACCAUCCAAGAACAGUUUGGUGACGACCAAUGCCUUUUCCAGCAUGAUGGAGCACCUUUCCAUAAGGCAAAAGUGAUAACUAAGUGGCUCGGGGAACAAAACAUCGACAUUUUGGGUCCAUGGCCAGGAAACUCCCCAGACCUUAAUCCCAUUGAGAACUUGUGGUCGAUCCUCAAGAGGCGGGUGGACAAACAAAAACCCACAAAUUCUGACAAACUCCAAGCAUUGAUUAUGCAAGAAUGGGCUGCCAUCAGUCAGGAUGUGGCCCAGAAGUGAAUUGACAGCAUGCCAGGGCGGGUUGCAGAGGUCUUGAAAAAGAAGGGUCAACACUGCAAAUAUUGACUCUUUGCAUAAACUAAAUGUAAUUGUCAAUAAAAGCCUUUGACACUUAUGGAAUGCUUGUAAACAAAUGGAAAACAAAUCUGGAUAAGAGCGUCUGAUAAAUGACUAAAAUGGCGAUGUAAUUAUACUUCAGUAUACCAUAGUAACAUCUGACAAAAAUAUCUCAUAACACUGAAACAGCAAACUUUGUGAAGACCAAUACUUGUGUCAUUCUCAAAACUUUUGACCACGACUGUAGACAUGACUUGCUCAAAUAUUAUGGAUCCCUAGAACUUUUUAGUGGAAUAUUUUUAGAUUCAGACAGUGAAAUUGGGAAAUCAAUUGUAACCCAGACUUCAUAGAAAGGAUGAUAAUGAGGGAAAGAGGGUGCAGAAUGUUUGACUUAUUCCUCCUACCAAUUAGGAUGAAAUGAAAUAAAGCAUUUAGGGCCCAUUUCUUUGAGCUGAGGCAGAAAGGGAACAUUCAGCUCCAUUACUGCCUGUCUGAAUCGCUAUUUCUAGUGAUAGUGAAAACGCUAAUUUACCAUCACACUAAAGUCUUUAAAAGCCCUGUGUCGAAUCAGCAUCACAGAUUUGUUUUUGAAACAUAUGACUCUUAUCUCUGGGGAUAUAACCAUUUUCCAGUCAACAGAUCUAGUUGUGUUACUCGGAGGAACAACUGUACCCCUCACUCACCUAUCAUUCUUGUCUCUCACCAUCCCCAGGCUCACAACAGAAAUGUGCUGUCCAUAGACUUUAACCAAGCCACACGAGUAGGCAAGAUCUAUGACGACCACCGCAAGUUCACCCUGCGUAUCCUCUAUGACCAGAUGGGUCGUCCCAUCAUUUGGUCUCCCAGCAGCAAGUACAAUGAGGUGAAUGUGACCUACUCUCCAGCGGGCCUGGUGACCAGCAUCCAGAGGGGCAACUGGUCAGAGAAACUGGAGUAUGAGAAUGGGAGGGUGGUCUCCAGGACAUGGACCAAUGGGAAGAUAUGGAGCUACACUUUCCUGGAGAAGGUAUUCAGUUAUUUGCUAGACGUGAUUGAUCCAGAACAAAUUGUUUUUUUCUCUAUAUGGACAUGAAUUAAGUGGCAGUCUGUAGUUCAGAGUAUUAAUCUACUUCUGUUUGUGUGUUCUGCAGUCGGUCAUGCUGCUGUUGCACAGCCAGCGGCGGUACACCUUUGAGUAUGACCACACAGACUACCUGAUGUCUGUGACCAUGCCUAGUAUGGUGCGUCACAGCCUGCAGUCCAUGCUGUCAGUGGGUUACUACAGGAACACCUACAGCCCUCCAGACAGCAGCGGAGCCUCUGUGAUCCAGGACUACAGCCAUGAUGGCCGCCUGCUCCAGACUUUGUACCUGGGCACGGGCCGCCGUAUCCUCUACCGCUACACCCACCAGUCCCGCCUGGCAGAGAUCCUGUACGACACCACCCUGGUCACCUACACCUACGAAGAGGCCUCCGGGGGGGUGAAGACCAUCCACCUCAUGAACCAGGGCUUCAUGUGCACCAUCCGCUACAGACAGACAGGUACCACAAUACAGACCAACCUUCUAGCUAACUGGAUGGGGAAUAGCAUUUACUGACUAUACAAACAAAGACAAGCCGGUUAAACUUCAGUAAUAAAGACCCUCACAAAACAACAAGAUGAUGAUAAGAUAGAUUCAAAGUUAAUGGCAUGCAAUAAAGGAGCUUAUUGAUUUUUAUAAUGGAAUGUAUUAUGACAGGUUAAUGUAAGAAAUAAAACCACAAAUGGUUGUGCCUCUGCAGGAGUUUAAGACAAUAAGCCAUAUAAACUAUAUUAGAUGAGGAGGCAUACCUGAAGAUGAUCCUUUAUUGUGAGCUUUAAUCACUAUAAGAAAUUCUGAUAAUGCUUUAUGUCAGACUAGACUUAAAGUUUGCCAUAUAAGUCUGCUUUGAGAGAUUGAGUAUACCACCAUGAAAUACACUAUUAGCACCUCUUGUAAUAUAUCCUCUGGCAUAUGGCCCCAAUAAUUAACCCAUGAGAAUUAUAUAUCCUAUUCAUUCUACCAAAUGUAAAUCUAUUUUUGGGAGCUAAAUCCAUGGAUGUCCCCAGAACUCAGUAGGGAUUUGAAAUCCCUAUAAAGCCAAUGUGGAAUGGCACACUGAUUAUAUAAGGCACCAAAUCAGAACCCAUUCUGAAGAGAUGGAGAUUGGGAGUGCUGUUGUGCAAUGAUGAGCAAUUUCCUCUGCUUCACAGACUUUUAUUCUGUCUUUUUUAGACAUGCAUGUCUCGCUGUUGGGGGUCACCAGACUCUGCCGGUCUCUCCCAGACUCCAUGCUAGGCCCCCUACACAAAUCCACCUCAAUUUCCUCCUAACGAAUUGACAUGAACAUGUUCUUAAUAGCAUCCCAGGUCCUCCACUGGCUGGCCACAAUAAGUCUGAUUUGAAGCUGAAAUAAGCAAUCAGGGGCAGCAGAGAGAGAGGGAUGGUGUUAGAUGACAGCAUGGAUAAGAAUCCUUGAGAAUAUAUAGCCUGGCUGGUUGAUUUGGCUGGCUCAAUGAUGAGCCUGGAUAUAUUGCUAGAAAGGGCAGCUUUCAUUCUUAGUUCAUUUUUAUUUUCCUACAUUUACAGGCUGGUUUUGAUAUGGUGUUCACCAAAAGUAUGUGGAUACCCCUUCAAAUUAGUGGAUUCGGCUAUUUCAGCCACACCCGUUGCUGACAGGUGUAUAAAAUCGAGCACACAGCCAUGCAAUCUCCAUAGACAGUAUAAUGGCCUGUACUGAAGAGCUCAGUGACUUUCAACGUGGCACCGUCAUAGGAUGCCACCUUUCCAACAAGUCAGUUCGUAAAAUUUCUGCCCAGCUAGAGCUGCCCCGGUCAACUGUAAGUGCUGUUAUUGUGAAGUGGAAACCUCUAGGAGCAACAACGGCUCAGCCGCGAAGUGGUAGGCCACACAAGCUCACAGAACGGGACCGCCAAGUGCUGAAGCACGUAGCACGUAAAAAUCGUCUGUCCUCGGUUGCAACACUCACUACCGAGUUCCAAACUACCUCUGGAUGAAACAUCAGUCAGCACAAUAAUUGUUUGUCGGGAGCUUGCCAAGCGUCGGCUGGAGUGGUGUAAAGCUUGCCGCCAUUGGACUCUGGAGCAGUGGAAACGCGUUCUCUGGAGUGAUGAAUCACGCUUCACCAUCUGGCUGUCCCACGGACAAAUCUAGGUUUGGCGGAUGCCAGGAGAACGCUACCUGCCCCAAUGCAUAGUGCCAACUGUAAAGUUUGGUGCAGGAGGAAUAAUGGUCUGGGGCUGUUUUUCAUGGUUGGGGCUAGGCCCCUUAGUUCCAGUGAAGACAAAUCUUAACGCUACAGCAUACAAUGACAUUCUAGACGAUUCUGUGCUUCCAACUUUGUGGCAACAGUUUGGGGAAGGCCCUUUCCUGUUUCAGCAUGACAAUGCCCAAUGCCCCCGUGCACAAAGUGAGGUCCAUACAGAAAUGGUUUGUCAAGAUCGGUGUGGAAGAACUUGACUGGCCUGCACAGAGCCCAGACCUCAACCCCAUUGAACACCUUUGGGAUGAAUUGGAAUGCUGACUGUGAGCCAGGCCUAAUCGCACCACAUCAGUGCCCGACCGCACAAAUGCUUGUGGCUGAAUGGAAGCAAUUCCCUGCAGCAAUGUUCCAACAUCUAGUGGAAAGCCUUCCCAGAAGAGUGGAGGCUGUUAUAGCAGCAAAGGGGGAACUAACUUCAUAUUAUUGCCCAUGAUUUUGGAAUGAGAUGUUUGACGAUCAGGUGUCCACAUACUUAUGGUCAUGUGGUGUAUGUAUACCUUCAUUAAAACAAAUUGCUUAUAUUUCAACUACUUUGAUAUUAUAUAUAUUACACACUUUAUCACUUCAGUAGUGUAGAUGACAAAUGAAUUAACCUUUUGCACACCUACACUAAGUAUCAUACUGUAGGCCAGUUCUUUUAGUGGGUUCUCUGCCUUUUUGCUCUGUGAGUUCCUGAGCAGGUUUGAGGGCAAAUUAAGGUAUUGAGCGUGUUGUUAGAGGCCUUUACAGAGCUGACUGGGAGAAUGAAUAAACCCACAUGAAUUAACUGCCAUUCAAUUGCUUUGCCAUUCAAUCUGCAAUUUCAAGCAUGACAGGUCAACAGCCUCCAAUUUAAUUUGCAGUCACAUAAUACUAUCACAAUGUAAUAUUCAUCUCCUAAGGACAGAAGUAAUUAAAAUGUAUUUCAAUCUGCUUUAGUUAGUUCAGUCUAGGCAGUCAUACAAAUACUAUGUGUAACCCAUAUGGGUGUGAACAAAGCAGUUUGAUAACCUGGAUUAGUAUUAGUAGUCUUCAGGCAUCUCUGCUCUGCUAUUGAUGAUAGGUAUGGCUUCAAACUUUGAAGAGCUGCUAGAGUCAUGAACAUGUAUUUUAUAAUAACUCAGAUAUGAAGUUUAAUUUAUGCCUGACUUGUUUUUUAAAGGAUAAUUAAAUGAUGAUUAUUCUCCCAAAUGUUUAGACAUUUCUAUCCAAAUCUAACUUUCAUUAUCAAAUUAUUCUCCCCACAGGUCCUCUGGUUGGGAGACAGAUCUACAGGUUUAGUGUGGAGGGCCUGGUGAAUGCCAGAUUUGACUACAGCUAUAAUAACUUCCGGGUCACCAGUAUGCAGGCCAUGAUCAAUGAAACCCCUCUUCCCAUUGACCUUUACCGUUAUGUUGAUGUAUCGGGAAGGAUUGAACAGUUUGGGAAAUUCAGUGUCAUAAACUAUGACCUCAAUCAAGUGAUCACUACACACAUCAUGAAGCACACUAAGAUAUUUAAUGCCAACGGACAAGUGAUCGAGGUCCAGUACGAGAUCCUGAAGUCUAUUGCCUACUGGAUGACAGUGCAGUAUGACAACAUGGGCCGCAUCACUAUCUGUGACAUCAGGAUUGGUGUGGAUAACAACAUCACACGCUACUCAUACGAGUAUGAUGCUGAUAGUCAGCUCCAGGCUGUGUCGGUGAAUGAUAGGCCACAGUGGCGCUAUAGUUACGACCUCAACGGCAACAUUAAUUUACUGAGUCAUGGCAACAGUGCCAGACUAACGCCGCUACGCUACGACUUACGAGACCGCAUAACAAGACUCGGAGAAAUUCAAUACAAAAUGGAUGAAGAUGGCUUUCUUCGCCUGCGGGGCAAUGUCAUGUUUGAUUACAACUCCAAUGGGCUGCUUGCCAAAGCAUUUGACAAAGUGUCAGAGAGGAGUGUUCACUACCGCUAUGAUGGCCUGGGCAGGCGGGUGGCCAGCAGGACCAGUGACGGCCAGCAGCUGCAGUUCUUCUAUGCUGACCUGACCAAACCCACCAGGGUGACCCACAUGUACAACCACUCCAGCUCUGAGAUCACCUCGCUCUACUACGACCUGCAGGGACACCUGAUCGCCAUGGAGCUGAGCAGUGGGGAGGAGUACUACGUAGCCUGUGAUAACUCUGGCACGCCACUGGCCAUCUUCAGCAGCCAAGGACACAUAGUCAAGGAGAUGCUCUACACCCCUUACGGAGACAUCUACCAAGACUCAAACCCCUCCUUUCAGCUGAUCAUCGGGUUCCAGGGCGGUCUCAAUGACGCGCUGACCAAGCUGGUCCACCUGGGGAGAAGGGACUAUGAUGUUGUGGCUGGGAGGUGGACCACUCCCAACCAUAACCUGUGGACGGAGCUCAGCAUCAACCCCAAGCCUUUCAACCUCUACUCCUUCAAAAACAACUACCCUGUUGCAGAGUUACAGGAUGUCACCAAGUUCACUACAGGUAAGACUAAUGUUGAUGAGAUCCACUAUAUGUUUCUUAGGAGAUAUAGACAGAUAUUUAAACAGGACUUUCAAUUGUGUUGCAUGACAAAAGCUCAAAUCCAAUGCCCUGUCAUUGACUCCUCGAUACCUUCUGUCUCCAGACAUCAGCAGUUGGUUGCAACUGUUUGGGUUCCAGCUCCACAACGUUGUCCCUGGUUACCCCAAGCCGGAGGUGGAGAGCAUGGAGCAAACCUACGAAAUGAUGAAGACUCAAACCAAGACACAAGACUGGGACCCUAGCAAGGUGAGCUAAACCUAGACUAGGCCCAGUCUGACAGAGCCUAAUCUCCAGCCAUGUAUGGUCCUUAGAUAUUAGAUGACCUCAAAAUCCUUAUUAUCAUUAGAUAACCAUCCCAUGUGUUUUUGUCUGACAGGUUCUGUUGGGUAUCCAGUGUGAGCUGCAGAAACACCUAAAGAACUUCAUCUCUCUGGACCGGCUGCCUAUGAGUAAGGUGAGUGGUCAGCUGGGAGCGUGGCAUGGCCGGAGGCCCCGCUUCUCUGCCAUCUCCUCCAUCUUUGGUAAGGGUGUCAAGUUCGCCAUCAGAGAUAAUGUUGUCACCACCGAAAUCAUUGGUGUUGCAAGCGAGGACAGCCGGCGUGUGGCAGCAGUCCUAAACCACGCGCUCUACCUCUCCGGCCUGCACUUCACUGUGGACGGUCUGGACACUCACUACUUCGUCAAGCCCGGCCUGCUGGAGGGGGACCUGGGAGUGGUUGGCCACACCGGAGCGGGUCGCGUCCUGGAGAACGGCGUCAACGUGACCGUGUCCCAGAUGACGACGGUGGUGGAUGGGAGGACUAGGCGCUUCGCUGACAUCCAGAUGCAGCAUGGGACUCUGUGUUUCAACAUCCGCUACGGGGCCACAGAGGAGGAGGAGAGGGAGCAUGUGCUGGAGGUGGCCCGGCAGAGGGCGGUGGAGCAGGCCUGGGUCAUCGAGCAGAGGAGGCUGGAGGAAGGAGAGGAGGGCUCGAGGCUCUGGACAGAGGGGGAGAGGCAGCAGCUGCUCUCCACUGGACAUGUUCCCGGCUACGACGGCUACUUCGUCCUCCCCGUGGAGCAGUACCUGGAGCUCUCGGACAGUGCCAACAACAUUCACUUCAUGAGGCAAAGUGAAAUAGGGAGGAGGUAACAGCGGCAUCGUGCUUCACUACUGCCGUGGGUUCCCCUUCACCAAAGACAGUCUGUUUUUAGACAUACAAUGAUUUGUUGUACCGUUUUUUCUAGAAUGAUGAGGAUAAAUAUACAAAAAAAAGACAACUGCCUUUAAGUGACAAAUGAUGGUAUUUUGUUUCACCUGUGUUCUGAUUGUUUUGUUUCUUCUGAGAAUGAGUUGAUCAUUUGAAACUCUUGACUGUCUUUCAUUUUGGAGUUACUUGGCUAGUUUAUGUACUUUGACCUACUUUGUAAGCUGUUAGAUAUGCUGAAUCUGAGAUGACAGACUCCGUAUCAAGUUCAUUACCAUAUAAUUAAUCUUUAUACAUACUGUAUCUAUAACAGUGUAGUGAAUUGCUCUCAUUUCAGUUUAUACAGUGCAUAUCUGUCUGCGAUAUCUUGAGAAAUGGUAGUGACAGCUACUGUCUUCUUUUGUGACUAUGAGACUCACCGGCAUCGGGAAUUUUGCUGCUUUCUGCGUAUUUGAAGUUCUGGUGGUACAAUGGAGUAGAUUGUGUGGGUUUAGACACGACAUUGUAUAUAGCGAGUGCUUUAGCGAGAUACAAGUGCUUAACUUAAUAAUGUGUUGUUACUGAUUAUUAAUCGUUAAUCCUAUCAAUAGAAUUGAUCACUGGAGUUACACAGAGCAACAGGAAAAAGUAUUCAUGCUGAAAACCUGUACAGUACAGUUUACUUUUUUACAAAUUGCUUAUUGUAAAAUAUAAUGUAUUAUCUGGAUGGAGCUUGUGCCUUUCUGCUCUUAAAAAAACUUUGAAGGAUGACAAUUUAAACAAAACAUCUCCUUCCAUACCAUGAAAAGUGUUAUUAUUUAUGUACUGGACUAGAAUCCUUAUGGAGUGGAGCUUGCAGGGCAGACUAUAGUGCCCUAUACAAAGUGCUAAAUCAUAGUGUAAAUGUUGCAGAAAACCUCAUAUUGUAAUUCACAGAUAUUACAUUAAUUGUACCUUAAUUAUUCUGAUGCCAUUACAAGGCACUCUUUACCAGUCCCUGAUCAGUUAUAUCUGAGCUAGCAAGUCAAUUGGCAGACAGUAAGUCUCUGCCGCAAAAACAUCAUGAAUUAGUUGUGUGAGAAUUGUACUGAAACGAUGAUACGUUUGUAAAAAACGUCCAUACAUGUAGGAAAAGGCGCACUUACAGUUUAUCAAGUGGGUAGUAUAGACUUUACAUAUCAGGAGUGAGAAAUCAGAACAGGGUGAAAAGCAGAAAGAGACGAGAAUAAAUUCACAGUGGGUAGCUUACAACAGCCUGACUGACUGUACUAGUUACGGGUCAAAUGUAGUGAAUGUGGUGGAGGAUUUUUCAAAGAGAAAUGCACACAUUGAGUAGCUGUUUCAAACUGAUAAAACGGGCUGGUGUUUUAAUAUUUACACAACAUGUAUUUUGUCUGUGCUUAAUUUACUACAACAAAGUCACAUUGUCUUUCAGCAUUAGUCAUUCUUCUGUGAAAAGAUUGCAAGUAUGCUGUAUGCCCCGGUAUCUAGUAUUCCACAAACAAUUUGAGGAAAUUCGAUGUGCAUAAGAUUACACCAUCUUCACAACAGCUAAAAUAUUUUGAAUGCAGCCCCAAUUAAACAAGCCUUAGUUAAUCAAUAGUUUACUCAGUCCUUUGAAACAUCUAAGAAUCCUCAUUAUUUCCUAUUUCCAAAGGCAAACUUUCAAGUCUGGGAUGAUAUUGAAUUAUUUAUUAUUUAUACAUUUUUGUCUCAGAGUAUGACAUGUUUAGGGCUGAAGAUUUAAAAAGUAAAAGGUUGUUCAGUCAUCCACCCUCACGCAUUACCCAUACCCACAAUUUGGUUGUAUUGUUAAGUAUUUUUUAUAAUUGGGAUGUGUAUGGUUUGUGUGCUGACAAUUGUUUUCCAUGCUUCUCAUACAGAAAUGAAACAUUUAGCACUGUGGAAAAGGCUGAACCAAAAGCAUGGAGUACGAAGCCAAACACCCUAUAUUCUGGUAAUCACAUUAAUACUGUCCAGUUCAUCAAAAAUAUAAUUCUGUGCAACCUUAUCUGUUGUUUUUUUACUUUAAUUCUCAUUGGGUUGUAUUGCAAAAAUGAAUUGUAUAAAACAUAGGCUAUAUGGUAUACUAUAUAACAUAAAUUAUUUUGGGUAAAUUAAUUGAUAGUACUCCAUAUAAUUAAUAAUGCUCUGCCCAUUGGUGUUCAUAUUGAUGAUACUGUCUCAGUUGGGUAACUGAGUCUGAGAGCGAAGACGCUGUGAUUGCCAAGAUACAGUUGUGUUGUACAGGAUACUGUGUAGACUGAUGGUAUGAAAACACUGAUAUCGCUUGACUGCAUUUUCUACUCUGGGCUUUGACCAAGAGGCAUGUCUUUUCUGCAAGUGCUCCAGGAAGUGGGUGUAAAUAAUGAGAAGAAGUUAAUAUAUUGGGUGUGGAAAGUUCAUAUUCAAAACAAGGUACUUUGAAG